GUUGUAUUGAGUGAUUAGUAUUGACUUUCGGAUCGAUAAGUGAGAGCAGAGAUCGUGUGAUGAGUAGUGAAGACAAAAUGAUGGCCACUAUUAUGACUACCGGUUGGCCACUCGUUGUCGCACUUCUCGCGGUGAUGACCGACGCGUCGGUGCAGCUGUCCAUUGAUCCAUACGAAGUGCGAACACUGGCCCUCAGGUUCGGCAAAGACAUCUACGAGGGAAGCGCUGAGUCGACGUGUGUCCGCAAAAUCACGUCCAACUUCGAGGACAUGAAGGCUCGGGUCGUGUGGUUUGACUCCAACAAAAUGAUGGAAGACAUGAGGAAUGAUGUGAUGAAUACAUUGAAUUGGAAGAAACACGCCGUCGAGACCAUCGCCAACGAGAGUCAACGCUUGGCCGCUAACCAUACUUUCGACAAGAACAUGGAAUUGGAUUACCUGAAUAUGAAGCGCCUGUACGACGACCGCGACGGCGAGGUUCCGGCGCAUCAUAACGACGACGGGGUUGAGUGGAAGUCCAUCAAAUUGAGUCCUCACCCCAACUUCGAGGGCGCGAACGUGAACCUCGACAAGAGCGCCGUUCACGUGCCCAUCAAUGUCUACGAGAGGGCUCACGAUAUUGUCAAUGACAUCAAAUGGUCGGAGGCGUUGACGCAGUCGUUCAAGAAUAAUCUGGCCUUUGAUCCCGGGCUCUCGUGGCAGUUCUUCGGCUCCAGCAGAGGCUUUCUUAGACUAUAUCCCGCGACUCAAUGGAAGAAUGAAAUCGAAUUCCUUGAGUUAGACACUCCUCCUCCAGACCUAUACGACUGUCGUUUGAGGCCGUGGUAUGCAUUGCAUGACAAUCUCAUUGUAUACACUGUUAAUGGCGUGCAAACUGAUGACCCGAUGCAUAGGUACAUCCAGGGCGCCGCUUCACCCAAGGAUGUGAUCAUUCUUCUGGACAGCAGCGGAUCGAUGACAGGAUUGCGUAAUAGUAUCGCCAAAAACGUGAUUUCAACCAUUUUGGACACUUUGACAGACGAUGAUUACGUGUCUGUCAUGAGGUUCUCGGACACCGUUGACUACAUUAACAAAUGCUUCGAUAACUUAGUUCUCGCGAAUGAGAAGAAUAUUAGACAACUGAAGGAAGACGUGGCCAAUGUUCGGCCGACAGAAGUGGCCAACUUCACCGCCGCACUCACCCGAGCCUUCGAUAUUCUUCAAACCGUGAGUCCAACACUUCUCAACCUUUUCUAUCCAAUCAAUGCAAUCAUUUUGAACCGAUCGAAAAUGGGCUGUCAAUGCAAUCAAGCAAUUAUGCUCAUCACUGAUGGCGCGCCAGAAACCUAUGAGGAUGUGUUUCGCGCCUAUAACUGGCCUAAUAUACCCGUUCGGGUGUUUACUUACCUCAUUGGACGUGAGGUAACCGAUAGUCAGGAGGUGUAUUGGAUGGCAUGUCAUAAUAGGGGCUAUUACACACACGUCUCUAAUUUAGCCGAAGUGCGAGAGCAGGUCCAGCAGUACGUGCCGGUUAUGAGUCGACCCAUUGUAUUGUCCGGUGACCGUGUGUUUGCGUGGACACCAGUUUACGCACACGUAUCUGAAGUGCCUCUCGACGAUUGGGUUUGGGAGGAAAGAGAAAAGGAAAUUAAAAAUAAAUUAUUACAACAAAGACCACUGAAACGCGAUGUCGAUAGUCAUAGUCAGAUACAAGAGAAUAUGCCUGAAAAUGAUGGCAAGCAUUCAGAUAAUGACAAUAACGAGGCCAGUGGUUCGGCUUCGGCUCCCAUAGUAUCUGAUAGUCUAAUGAACACCGAACCAGAAUAUCCUAAAAAACUUUAUAAGCCUAAGAAAAACAUAACCAAAAGAAUUCUUGUUAAGAAUGUCUAUCAGGACUCAGAACCAGAAACUAUACGAAUUGCAAACUUAUUGGGCGUCGCGGGAGUUGACGUCCCAAUCAAAGAGAUUGUUAAACUGACGCCCGCUUUCAAACUCGGUGUUAAUGGAUACUCAUUUGUCACUACAAAUAACGGAUAUCUCUUAUACCAUCCCGACCUCAGACCUAUUUUCCAGGAUAUGCUCAAACCUUACUAUAGUUCGGUCGAUGUGUCUGAAGUGGAAUUAGCCGACAAUACAUUGGGCCCCCGGAUAAUGGACGACAAUAUUAACGAAAUUCGCGGAAAUAUGAUUAACAGAACUGUCGGCUGGAAGAAAGUCAAAGUGAAAGUACACAUGGAUUUUAAACGAGUUGUGACUCGCGUUAAUCACUACAUAUACGGCAAAAUCGAUUUCACGCCCUUUAGUUUGGCUAUUGUUUUGCCCGAACCGUACGGUUCUUAUAGAGUUUACUGCGAUUCUCCGCACAAAAUGUCGGCUAUUUUGCCGAAAUCACCCGAAGAUGGGAUCAAUCAGUUUCUCAAGACUGUCACCAAUGGUCAGAACUUCCGAUGGAAGACCAGUAGUACAAGACCUCAAGUCUAUGAAACGAUUUCAUGCGAUAAAUAUUUGACGCAAAGCUUAGUGUUUGACGCGAAAGCGACUGACAUCGACGCUUCAAAGUGUGGUUCGCCUAACUUUUCCGCAUCAAAAAUAGACCCACUGGCACUUCUACUGGCUCUGUAUCCGAGAGAGCAAAAACUGAAAAUGUUUGGUAUUGUGACCACAUUUGUUGCCACUCGGAGUGGAUUAACACGUUUUGAAGACCACAGAACCGAUGAGGAGAAGAAGAACUCGUCGUCUGACACUCUACGGCCAUUCUUCGACACUUAUACCAAAGCGACAGAAGAAUUGUAUUAUCGAAGAGCCGUUGACUUUCAUGCCGUCAACGACUCUGCGUUUGUAUUCUCUGUCCCUUUCGACGCGAAUCAACGCGAGGGCCAGUUAUUAGUGACGGGAAGUCACGCCAUAUUUCUGGGCACCGGAAAGUCGAGCGCUCCGGGUAUUGAUUUGAUUGACAUUUUUACCCCAGAUUUAUAUAAUAUUUGUGUUUUAGUGGCUGUCGUUGGCCUUCAGUUCAAGCACUCUGUAUUUGUCGAGCGUUUUAUUAAUAUAACGACUAAAUACUCAAAAGUGAUUUGUUCUGCAGAAGAAGUGGAUUGUUAUUUGUUAGACAACAACGGGUUUAUAAUUUACAGCGAAAAUUUUGUGGAUACGGGAAAAUUCUUUGGAGAAGUAGACAAUUCACUUAUGGAGGCAAUGGUAGCCAAGAAUGUGUACCGUUCGGUCCAUUUCUAUGAUUAUCAGGCGAUUUGUAUAAAAAUAAUGACUCCUCAAAGCCACGGAUCUAUUCUAAUGACUCCAAUGAAACAUUUCAAAACACUUAUGUUUUGGAUGUGGUCUCGAAUUAUGAGUCUUUAUAUUAGUAUUGCAUACAAUUCAUGGGUCGUCUCCUCACAGAGUGAUUACCAAGAAUAUGAUGAUUACAACUCUGAAUAUGGAGGGGAGGGCGAGAGGCGACAGAACAAUAAGACCCGACCCUAUCCUUGUGAUAAGGAAUUUGAUUUGUAUGAAAUGGUUAGUCCUCUUUCCGAAGAGCCCAUCAAAGGGGACGACAACUGUGGCGGAGAGGCCGGAGGUUGCGGCCGGUAUGGCAUAUACUUAGCACAGGAAUGUGUUGGACACGUGAUAAUUGUUAAUGUGUUUGCAAACAGGGAGUUUACAGUGCAAUCAGUGCCGUACACCAAUCUGGUGAUGGUUGUGGUGCACCGGACCUGUGCCUGCGUUAUCUCUACGAUUAAGUUCGAACCCAAAGAAGUAGUCUAUAAUUCCAGUCAUACCUGUUAUUUACUGAAGACCGAACUGCCUCGACGUCGACCCACAACAUGUCAUAACUAUCACCCGCAGUGUUGCCAGAUGCUCCCGGUUGUCCGGGAGUCUCCCGCAAUCUGGGUCCGACUCCCGUCUCCCGGCAGGGAUCUCACCAUGAUAUGCGGAGCUCCCGGAAUUGCAUGA